AUGAACAACAGGGUUUUCAAUUGGGCGUUUGCAUUUGCGCAUGUCAUCCCCAGUCACAAGAAAAUAUUUACUUCCACCAUCCAAAAAAACGAGGAGCUUCGUCGCCUUAUUUUGGAGUUGAAGGAGACAAAAGGGAAGCUUUCUCGAUUGGAUUGGAAUGCAUAUUCCAAUGCUGCUAUUUCGACACCCUUCAUCAAGAAAGAAAAUCCUGCCGCAUUUAUUGAAGAUCUCCGAGCGAGUAUUUCUUCCUUUUCGCCCAAAAUUGACAUUUCCAUCGACAAGGAGUAUGCUCUUAUCGAGGCAGAGCGAAGUGCUCUGGUACCGCUUGUUUACCUACAUUUAGAUUGA